UAUCGGUAGCGGAGGCGAAAAAGCUGAUGAGAUUGGUGAGUGUGGAGGCGCUGAAGGGUAAUCUAGGUUUGGAACAAAAGGAGGUGAUUGCCUAUUCGCAGCUACUGGAUGCGUGUCAAAUUGUAGGCGUAGCCAAGUCUCGAGAAGAGGCGGAGGCGUUUUCUCGUGUCCUGGACGAAGCCGGUGUGAUCUUACUCUUCCGUGAUAAAGUUUAUCUUCAUCCCGAUAAGGUUGUUGAUCUAGUUAGGAAGGCAAUGCCAAUUGCACUUUUACCUGAAGGCGAUCCAUCCACAGAUGAGCUUAAUAAACUACAGGAAGUUAUGGAUGGAAUCGACAAGCUUGCACAUAGACAGGUUCGCUUCAUUCUUUGGACAGGUCUGGGGGCAGGUAUUUUGCUGGUUGGCCUUUUCUUCCGCCUUACAUUCUGGGAAUUCUCUUGGGAUGUUAUGGAGCCAAUAGCGUUUUUCACUACUACAACUGGUUUAGUCAUAGGCUAUGCAUACUUCCUGUUCACUUCAAGGGACCCCACUUACCAGGACAUGCUGAAGAGGCUCUUCAUUUCUAGACGAAGGAAGCUCAUAAAGAAGAAGAAUUUUGAUAUACAGAGAUUUGUAGAACUCCAGAAGAAAUGCAGGUUACCCCAGAAUGGAACAAACUCGAUUAAUCGUAAGUUGGGGGUAGACCUAGAGGAAAUGCUACAUGGCCAUUAGAAGGUAUAAUUUUGCUGUAGGCUGUGUUUGGUGAUAAGUGCCUACCAAAAUAGUAAAGCUGAUUGCUGAAGCUUCUGCUAUCUUUAUUGACUUGUAGAAAAGAUGGGAGAAGAUUAAUAAGCUUAUUACUCUAAUCUAAUGCUAAAUUUCUAGUGCCAA